GCCGAUCGACUCCCCGAACCAACGCCUGGCGGUUGCAGUCUCAGAGAUGGAGAGCGACGGCUUCCAGCUCUCGCAGCUGCUGAUACUGCUGGUCGGCAUGUUCCUGCGGCACCCCCUACUCCUGUGGCGGGAUCGGCCACCCCAGUGGAUGGACCCCCUUUCUGCGCCUCAAGGGCUGGUGGGCGGGCCUGAGUGGGCGGCACAUGUUUCGCAGGUCGCGGCCGCGCAGCUGCAGGCGCACACAGCGAAUGUCACGGCGCAGGUGCAGAAUGCGGCGGUCGCCGCCAUGCAGCAGGCACGGGGCACGAUCAUAUCGCAGCUGCAGGCCCACUUCGCCCCGACGAUGCAGCGGGUUGAGGGCCACGAGUUGGCCAUCGGCGAUAUCCAGCGGAAGCAGAGCGGCAUGGGGGACAACCAGAGGGCGCUGCGGGAAAACAUCAAGCACAUCAAUCACAGGCUGGCCCUGUCGGAGGGGAGCCACUCGUCGGUGGACAUCGCCCGCCUUGCGGAAUUCGACAGAGAUCCUCAUCCCACGAUAUUCACGAUCAAUGCUCCUGAUGAUGCGCCGCCUUCUGAGGUUCGUGGUGCAAAUGGGUCUUGGAUUAGCGACGCCAAUCUUGACGUGGAAGACACGGCGCUGCACGGGCGAGGACCUAGUCGCCACUUCAUCCGGGAGGUCAAAGGCGGAGCCGCCCGAGUAUCCAAGGCGAUUGCCCCUGCCAAGGCGCUCCGCUACCCCUCUGGUGAGUGGAGGAGGUUCACGGCGAAGCAGUUAUCUGGCGCCACUGGCCAUCUGUUCAUUGGUCCUGACAAAGCACCGAAGCAAAUCAG